CAACAAGACAAUAUAUAUCGAUAUAUUGAUAGCGAAGAUAGCGGAGCCUUUAAAAAUGAUGCAAAAUAGAAAUUUGUCAACUAUUAGCAACUGCUUUCCGCUAGUUUGCAGGGUCAUACAAACACAAUGCGGAAUUCUGCAGCAGGGACCUGUGGCCAGGUACGAGCUGGUCCAACUUCUGACACAAUUGAAUGCCAAAGAAAGGCUAUUGGCGUCCAAGUUCUAUUGCCAGCUACCAGCGAAUGUUGGCAGCUUUCGGGUUCUACUCCAACUACAGCAAUUGCGGAUCCUCACCGCCACGGAGUACAUAUUAAGCAAGGAACACUCAGAGCAGCUCCAGGUGGAUUUAAUAAUAUUUCUGGAAACUGAGUACGAGCUCCUGGCAAAUCUCUUUUUAUCUGUGGCGUAUGAUGCAGAGUCUGGAAUGAAGCUGGCGGCUAUACUGACAAACGCCUUGGGCAAUCUCUUUGCUGGACUCGUGGCCGAUCCGAAGAUAAGCGACCUAAGCUAUGCCGAGCCGCUGUCCAGAGCGCUGCCAGCCGACGCCAUGGGCAUGUGCAUGAAAAUUCAUUUGGGCACCCUGCUGGAACUGCACCAUUCUGCAAACACCAAUGAGGCAUUUGCCAGCUUUAGCGCCUGGAUCAAUGAGGGUGUGGACGAACUAACCUUUGUCAAGCAUCUCUGUGAAAAGCUCUUUGCCCGCCAACACCAGGAAGCCCUUCAAGUGCUGUUCAAACAGUCAAACGCGGAAAACUUUACGAAUUGGAAGUUCUACCUCAUCUUGGUGCAGUCCAUAGCCAGCACCUGCACUGCGGAAACAACUGCAUUUAUUAAAAAAUACCUCAAGAGCCGAGUACUGCACAUGGCCACAAGUGGUUGCCUGGCUUCUCUUUUGCAUUUGCUGCUGACGGCGCGUGCCACGUCAGCCUGCACAAUGGACAUACACAGCAAUCUCGAUAACUACGCCAAGUGGUACAAGCAGAACAUUGGUGAAAUGUCCUACCUCCUGCGACCAGAUCAUUUCCAGGUUGCCCUGGGUCUUCUGGAAGAGUCGUUGCACUUUGAAAGCGAGCUGCAGUACCUGGAGAUCCAUGCAGCGAUUGCUCUUUCACCUGGGGGCCGCAUUGUUCAGGCGUACAAAACCAAAUGUCGAUCAUAUUUGUCUCAGUUAAAAAAAGGAGAAAAGGCGCAUGCUUGAUGUCUUUUUGGAGUUCAAAGUUCAGCCAGAGUAAUUUAUUAAAACACUAGCAGCUGUACAAAAAGUUCAUGGUUUUUAAAUACCAAGUAUAUGAGAUAUUGAGUUGAGUUGUAGAGACUACCAAAAGGAGUAAAUUAACAGCUCAACAAUUGUGUCUUUCUUGGCUGAUUUUCUUUGAACAAGAUUUAGAUAUUGCUUUUACUGAAAAGCUUUUAGUCAGUGCUCGUACAUCCGUCGACAAAUGCAUACACGACAAUGACAUGACAUCGACAUGCGGCAUUAAUGUAGAAAGCACGU